AUUCUCCUUUAGGACGUCCGACGGUUUGGUUGCAAAUUCUCCCAUAAACUUCUCCAUAUAUAGUUCACGUGUGUGUGUUUUUUUCUCUUGAAAAAAAAAAUGAAUUAAUUUCAUUCAAAGUUCUCUCAAUGGAUGAAUAAUAAAAUACCCAAAUACAUUGCGUUCAAAUGAUUAAAAUUGAGUGAUUCACAAGCUGGAAAAACACGAGUGUGUGUGAUUUAUUCUUGGGGGUAAAUGAGGGAUAAAUUGUGUAUAGUGGUGCAUUGACGUGCAAGUUGGACUAUUAUGUGGGAAAUUUCUCAUUACUAAUUGGAUUUCCAAUAUAGCAAGUCUGAUUAUAACCAAUUGGCACAUACUUACCAUUCAUGUGUAAAUGUGUCUGUUUAAUCCAUAAACCGGAUGAAAUUUAAUUCGAAUCCUAUGCAAUAUAUAUAGCUAGGAAUUAUUGAUUCUAAAUGGUUCGUGGUCUUACAAAAAAAAAAUAAAACAUUUCGCCACAGUUUACAUAUUCACGAAAUAAUUUAAAAGUUGCAUGAAAAUUCAUAUUAGGAAGUGAAAAUUUUUAUGCACGUCUUGUGAAAGUUUUUCUUUCGUUGAAAACAUCGUAAUGAGGCAAAAUUCAUAGACAAAUAAAAAGUCAGCAAGAAGUUUUCAUUUUCUGGAUUAAUUAGCGCUCACAUGGAAAUUUUUCACUUAAUGACUUGAGAAAGAUGGUCGUCAGUUGCCUGAGAUGAAAAUGGCAAAUAAGAUCAUACUUCUUCUGUUGAGUAUCCUACUGAAGCAUAUAUCUGCCAGCCAACACGCAUUCAACGCCAGUGAAAUCUCCGAGGUCUGGCCCACCGAAACAGAUUCUGACACAGACUCAGGGCAAAAACGUGGGCGAAAUCAAGGAUGGUCCACGUGGUCCGAAUGGUCAAUGUGCUCAAGAUCAUGUGACGGUGGCGUGGCACAACAGCUAAGACGAUGUCACUCACCCCAGGGCUGUCGUGGUGAACCCAUCCGCUACAAAAUCUGCAAUAUGCAGCCAUGUCCAGAAACACAAGAUUUCCGUGCUCAUCAGUGUGCAGCGUACGACGAUGUACCCUAUGAUGGAUCUCUCUUCAAGUGGACACCACACUAUGACUAUACAGAGCCUUGUGCUUUAACAUGCAGGGGGCAACCAGCUCACCUGCCUGACGAAGCGGUAUCUGGGGGAAGUGUGGAGAAUGAGUCGGGAGUGGAUGAUGAACCAAGUGUGAUUGUGCAACUUUCGCCACGUGUUCAGGAUGGCACACGAUGUAGACCUGGUAGUUUGGAUAUGUGUAUCCAAGGCAAAUGUCAGCGUGUUGGCUGUGAUCUACGAAUUGGGUCAAACAAAAAGGUCGACGCUUGUGGAGUUUGCGGUGGCGAUGGCAACUCUUGCAGUCAACCCCUCUAUCAUUGGGACACCACAGCAAUGUCGCUCUGCUCAGCUACAUGUGGCGGAGGUUACAAAAUGGCCCGACCUACAUGUCGCAAUCGUGUGACUGGCGUUGAAGUGGAUGAGUCUCUAUGUAGUGCAGUUACACGACCAGAACCAGCCGUGAUUCACUGCAACACCCACCAAUGUCCACCAAAAUGGGUCACGGAUGAAUGGGGUGUUUGUAGCAAAACCUGCGGUGGUGGUGUUCGCGAUCGGCUUGUUAUAUGUGUAGAAGAAAGUUCAGGGGUGAAAAAUAAAGUAGCAGACGAGAUGUGUCACAGUCCCAAGCCAAAUACUCAGGAAAUCUGUAACGUACACGACUGUCCAAAUUGGGUAGCAUCCGAUUGGUCUGGGUGCUCCGUGUCCUGUGGAAAAGGUAUUCAAGUGAGAAGCGUGGAAUGUAUGGAGACAAGCGGUGGAAUGAGCACCCAAUGUGAUCCAAAUGACAAACCCAUUGCUAUUCAGACGUGCACCACCGGUAUUUCAUGUUCUAAAGAACAUUCAGAGGAUGGUGAGAAUGAAGAAAUGGAGGAUGAUAUGGAAGGCCAUCAUGCAGAUGAACCAUACUACCUGGAACCAAGAACGGCAGCACUCUCAUCCAGACAUGAUUCAUUCACAUCCCACGAGAGUGAAUAUCAUAACGACCGUCUAGCUGGCGAUCAACGUUCUCCUAGUGAAGCCACAUUUGUGAAAGACAACGAUUGGGGACCAUGUAGUGUAACUUGUGGGGAGGGCACCAGAAAGAAGCAAUAUAGAUGCAAGAUUUAUCUGGAGUUUUCCAGAACAAUGGCCACCCUGAAUGACUCCCUGUGUUCGGGGCCAAAGCCACCAGAUCAAGUGGAACGAUGCUAUCUAGAGCCUUGUUCAACAUUCUAUGGCUACGAUCAAUCAUACUCAAGGGAUUCAAAAGCUCAAGCUCCAGUACCAGGGAAGACAUACUCCUGGCGUGAGCAGGGAUAUUCUCCGUGUACAGCCACUUGUUUGGGUGGAGUGGAGGAGCUCAUUAUUAAUUGUGUGCGUGAUGACACAGGAAAAGUGGCAUCACCAUUUCUCUGUCCGCAAGACACAAAACCCGAAACGAGAUCGCGUCCAUGCAAUGACCAUCAAUGUCCACCACGGUGGAAUUAUUCAGAAUAUUCAGCAUGUUCCAAAUCAUGUGGCAUUGGUAUUAGAACAAGGGAAGUACAAUGCAUUCAUGAGGUAGCUCGAGGUCCUGAAAAUAUCAUGAUUGUACCCAAUAAUAUGUGCCCUCAGCCACCGCCAAGUGAUCGCCAAUACUGUAAUGUUCUCGAUUGUCCUGUGCGAUGGGAAGUUUCCGAAUGGAGUAAAUGUUCCAGACCUUGCGGCGGUGGUAUUAAGGAGCGUCGUGUGGAAUGUAAACAGAUAAUGGCCCAGGAACACAAAGUUGAGAGACCCGUAUCCAUGUGUCCCAGCGCCAAGCCACCAGAUAGGAAAUCCUGCAACACCAAAGCAUGUGCCCCGGAGGACCAACGGCCGCAGAUUGCGGUGAGCAACAGCACGUACAUCCAACAUGAUGUGAAACGCCAAAAAGUCACUCUAAAAGUGGGUGGAGCAGCUACAGUCUUCUUUGGGACGCAAAUCAAGAUAAAGUGCCCAGUCAAAAGUAGAUUCAAUCGAACGAGAAUUCGAUGGAGUAAGGACAAUGUCUUCCUCACCAAGUCGAGAAAAUUUAAAAUCUCUCAGAAGGGUGCCCUUCGUAUAGUUCAUAUAUCAUAUAGAGACAGCGGUAUUUAUACAUGCCACGCUAGUUUAAGUUCAGCCGAUUUAAAAUUGACCGUAAAGCCAAAACCUGGCGAUUUUCCGUCACAGGAACAAUAUGAAAAAUAUCGUGAAGAUAUAGAAUUAAAAGCAUUGCGAACACAUAGUAAUCCAGAUACACAAGAAUCGACUUUUUUAGGCUCCUCCGAGGCACGAUCUCGAGAUCCGAGUUCUAGGGGGAAAUCACGUGAUUCACACAGAGGAGAAAGCAGGCAUAAAUUCAGCUCCGCUGGUGUCAUGGGGGAGGACCAUGAAGAUGACGAGUCUCAGGAGCCAUUUAGAUCUCGUUCACAACUGACCGCUUCAGAUUUGACUACAAACUCUGCAGCUAGUUCUGGUACAAGAACCAUUCCUUUGCCACAUUUUAAACAUCUUCUGGCCAGUCUUCAGCUUUUGUGGCCAUUUCAGAGCUUCAGCCACUCAAAGGGACACGAUAUGCUUAUAAGAAAUGGCCAAUACUUCCCUGAAUUGGACAUUGGAGCGGACACACCACAACCACAAGCUCUCAUCCAGCCAAACACUAACUUUCAACAUCACUUGAAUACCAUUCAAAAUGCAGCAGGGGAGGAAGUUCUAAGCGACGAGGCGCCACUUCAUCACAUAACAGCUGCUGAAUUCUUUGGUGAUGUCACCAAUAGUUCGGAAGCAAUAGUUCUUGGACAUGGGUCACCAACAAAUUUAAAAUUCGAAUGGACCUACUCCUCAUGGACAGACUGCUCUCAAUCAUGUGGAAAUGGUUUUGGCAUUAAGACCCGAACUGUGCAAUGUAUGGUGCUAUUGGGGAAUGCGAGCCAAAAUGUGGAUAGUGCUCUGUGUGAAGAUGCCGGAUUGCGGAUGCCGGAAAGUGUGCAGAAAUGUGGCGCCAUCGACUGCCCAAAGUGGGUCGCUGGGGAGUGGAACCCAUGCAAUGCAUCCAAGUGCUUCAGCUGGCACACUGCCAUCCAGAGAAGACGUGUCACAUGCGAAAUCAGUGGCAUCAAAACGUCUACGAGUAAAUGUGUGACCGCUGAGAGGCCAGUAUCUAAGCAGGAGUGCUACAAUGAGGAGUGCUAUGGUGUAUGGAAAGUCGAUCCAUGGUCACAGUGCAACGCCCUGUGCGGUAGGCAAGGAUUAAAAUAUCGCAUUCUCAGGUGUGUGUGGCGUGGGACAAAACGACCAGCCGGAGAUGCGUGCAAGGACCAACCUAGACCUAUGGUUAUGAAAAUAUGCCGAGCACCACCGUGCAUUCCAAACAACCCUGAUUGCCGAGACAUCUCGAGGCACUGCAAAAAUGCACGUGGUAUGGGAUUAUGUCGUCUUCAUCGAUUUCAGCAGCAGUGCUGUAAAUCCUGUAGUUUUAAUAUAUUUCAUUAAGGAAUAAGAUUAAAAAAAGGGAAUUCUUCUCGCUUAGCUCAAAACAAAGCAAAUCAUAAUCACGACGACGAGAUUAGGUGAAAAAAAAAGUCGAUUGAGAAGAAUGGAAGAGUUAGAAGAGUAAAACGGAAACUUUAGAAGAGAUUACACGUUUAGUAAAUGAUUACCUUUAUUGAUAUGCUGUAACAUUAAGACAGUAUGUACGUACAUACAUAUGCCGACGCCCCUGAAGAUUAUGAACCAUACUCCUGUAAUAAAAGAUAGGAGUAUGGUUCAUAAUCUUCUGGCACGUCGAUACGUACGAUAUCUUCUCAAUUGAAUCAUACCAUACAUUGGGGAGAAAUUGUGGUUAAAUAUAGAGGCUGUGUGUGGAGGAUGAGGGUUCGUAUGUAAAGGUCGCUUCACAAAAAAAAGAAAUGCAAUAUUUUACAUUAAGAUCAAUGAUUUUCACUACAUUUUCUUUGACUGUAAAAGUUUUUGUAUAAAAAAAAAAAUACAUAUUAACGGUUAUAGAAUAUUAAAAAAAAAACAAACAAUAUACUUAAGAUAUGACUAAUUAAGCAUGUAAAAAUCAUUAAUGCAUGCUAAAAAAAAUCUCCGCGUUAUAAUUUUAAAAUUAAAUCUUCUAAUUUUAUUAAGGAUAAAAAAUGUUUUAUCUAGUUAAACAACAAUCUUUUAAUCAAUACUGUAGAAGCGACCUAAUUAAAUUGGAUUGUUAAAAAAAAUCAUAUCCCUAGAAUGUGUAACAAAUGAAAAAAUCUCUACAAAAACAACAAAUAAGAGGAAGAGUUAAAUUAACAAAAAAAACCCUAAUAUCUCUAUGAAAAAAACACUGAAUAAAAUCUAUCCAACAAA